GAAAAUUUCGGUGGGGCCUUUGCUUAUCGGGCCGCCCCACAUGGCCGAUAAGCCUGGAAUUUUGGAAGAUGGCUAUGUAGUUCGACAGCUUCUGAAAGUCUAUUUCACCGGACAAACACUUUCUUGUAAGGUUUGAUUGUCCGAAACACCGUCAAAAUGUCGUCAGUUAAGCGUAGAAAGAUCUCCGACAACCCUUCCGCGGUGAAGAAAAAGAAGACCGAAGCACCCAAGCCCAAACUGACACCUGGGCCAGAACCCAGAAUCGAAGAUGCAGUAUCUGAGGCCUCAGAUGCCGAGGAGUCGACCACCCUUGACAAUGAGAACGGGGAGGCUGCCCCAAAGACCUUCAAGGAUCUCGGCAUCGUCGACUCCCUGUGCGAAGCAUGCGACCGACUCGGAUACAAGCAGCCAACCGCUAUUCAGCAAGAGGCCAUCCCACUUGCGCUUCAAGAUCGCGACAUCAUUGGUAUCGCCGAGACGGGUUCCGGAAAAACAGCCGCUUUUGCCCUUCCAAUUCUUCAAGCUUUGCUCGACAAGCCCCAGCCCUUGUUCGCCCUCGUUCUUGCGCCGACAAGAGAACUUGCCGCCCAGAUCGCCCAGUCCUUUGAAGCUCUCGGUUCCUUGAUCAACCUCCGCUGCGCUCUUCUUCUUGGUGGUCUAGACAUGGUACAGCAAGCUAUCGCUCUCGGAAAGAAGCCUCACGUCGUCGUCGCAACCCCCGGUAGACUUCUCGACCAUUUGGAAAAGACCAAGGGCUUCAGCUUGCGCAAUCUUAGGUACUGCGUCAUGGACGAAGCCGAUCGCCUCCUCGACAUGGACUUUGGCCCCAUCCUCGAGAAGAUCCUCAAGUUCCUCCCCCGCGAGCGCCGCACUUUUCUGUUCUCCGCCACCAUGUCCAGCAAAGUCGAGUCCCUCCAGCGCGCCUCUCUCCGCGACCCCCUAAAGGUCAACGUCUCCACCUCCAAGUACCAAACCGUCUCGACGCUCGUCUCGAACUACCUCUUCAUCCCUCACAUUCACAAGGACACGUAUUUCAUCUACCUCUGUAAUGAAUUCGCCGGCAAGACAAUGAUCGUCUUUACCCGUACUGUUCUCGAGACGCAAAGAAUUGCCAUUCUGUUGCGCACUCUGGGCAUGGGCGCUAUCCCGCUCCACGGUGGCUUGUCUCAGUCAGCUCGUCUCGGUGCGCUGAGCAAGUUCCGUGCUGGGACGAGGAAUAUUCUUGUGGCUACUGAUGUUGCGGCUCGUGGUUUGGAUAUUCCCAAUGUGGACUGUGUCAUCAAUUAUGAUUUGCCGCAGGAUUCGAAGACAUAUAUUCAUCGGGUUGGUCGUACGGCUCGUGCGGGCAAGUCGGGGCAUGCUCUGAGUAUUGUGACGCAAUAUGACCUCGAAAUCUGGACCCGCAUCGAAGCCGCCCUCGGCACCAAGCUCACCGAGUACGCUUACGAAAAGGACGAGGUGAUGGUUUUUAAGGCCCGGGUGGAAGAGGCUCAACGGCACGCGAGAAAUGAGAUGAAGAACUUGAUUGAUGACCGGGGGAAGAAGGGGUCGGUGCUGAAGGGCCACAGGGGGAAGAAGAGGGGUGCACCCGGGUCUGGGAGGGAUAAUAUGGAUGCUGAGGAGGGUUGAGAGGGCUCUGGAAGGUGGUGAAUCUUUUUAUUUUGUCUGGCAUGUGCGGAGUUUGAAAAAGGGCUGUUAUUUCUUGGGAAUAGGGGCGGGGGUGAGUGGAGGAUAGAGAGCGCCGGAGU